GAGAAAGUUCCCUCGCGGAGUGACGCAGUUUGAUUCAGCAUCAACUACCGACGUUGACUCUACUCUAAUCAGCUUUCCUCUCUUUUGUUUGUAACCGUAAAACCAAAACAAAAACCCCACUCUUUUUAAGUUUCAACCACCUUUCCCAUUACUCAUAAAUCCUCAAUUCUCAGAUCUACAAUCUCUCUUUCUCCGAUGGCUUCUACGGCUGUUGCAACCGCCGAAUCGCCGCAACAUCCCGUUCAACCUUCUCCUUCUUCCUCCGUUGUUGAUCGUAACCAUUCUUCCAAUUCUUCCCCUAACUUUUUCAAUUCUUCCGAUAUUCCGUCUCCGGAUGCAUUAAAGAGUGAAGAGUAUCGUCAACUGUUUCGCCUUCCACAGGAAGAAGUCCUAAUUGAAGAUUUUAAUUGUGCCCUCCAGGAAAACAUACUUAUUCAGGGUCAUAUGUACCUAUUUGUCAACUACAUUUGUUUCUACUCGAACAUUUUUGGGUUUGAGACAAAGAGAAUUAUUCCUCUCCAUGAAAUCACAGGCGUACGGAGGGCAAAGACAGCUGGGAUAUUUCCCAAUGCCAUUGAGAUUAUAUCCGGAAGCAAGAAGUACUUCUUUGCAUCCUUCCUAUCCCGUGAUGAAGCUUUUAAGAUUAUUAAUGACGGAUGGUUGAGACAGGGAAACGAUGCCAGAGCAAUUAUGGAACAGCAGGAAUCGAUAUCGGAGUCCAGCAGCCAAGAGAAUGGGUUUUUAACUAUUGAAAAUGUGAAAAGUUCUGAUGUACUUGACAAUGAGGCACUUUCUACCGACUUGAGCAAAGGUAAUUCUAUUUGCAAAGACUUGGGUGUUCCAUCCAUUACUGGAGAAGACCCUAUAUUGAUGGUUGUUCCAGAGGAGCAAUCCAGUGCCGAACAGGUUGCUGAGUCUGAAUUGAAUAACAAUGAUCCCCCUAGAUUGGGUUGCAACUGGAAUGAGGAGGAUAUAGAUGCUCCGACAACCCCAGAAGCUUAUACGUGCGUUGCAGAAUCAAUAUUUCCGAUAAAGGUUGAAGACUUCUUUUGGUACUUUUUCUCGGAUGAUGCUAUAAAUUUUCUUGAGUCUUAUCGUAAAAGAUGCGGCGAUAAAGACUUCAAGUGUGCUUCAUGGCAUCCUCAAGAGAAAUUUGGGUAUGCUCGUGAACUGUCAUUUCAACAUCCAAUAAAAAUUUAUCUUGGAGCAAAAUCGGGUGGCUGCCAUGAGGUCCAGAAAUAUCGAGUUUAUAGGAACAGUCAUUUGGUUAUACAGACAUCACAAGAAGUCAGUGACGUACCUUAUGCAGAUUACUUUCUUGUCGAGGGGCUGUGGAAUGUAGAGAGAGACAAGGAUGAAUCAAAAGAACGCUGCAUCUUACGAGUAUAUGUGAAUGUGGCAUUUUCUAAGAAAACUAUAUUUAGAGGAAAAAUAGUACAGUCAACAAUUGACGAAUGUAAAGACGCUUAUGCAUUGUGGAUAAACAUGGCACAUGAGUUCUUGCAAGAGAAGAACCUUGUAAAACAAGAAAGUGGUUCCAUUGCUGCUGUAGUUAAAAAUGGCAAAAUGAAUUUUGAUAGAGAAGCUAAGACGGGAGAAACUUCAGAAGGAUCUCAGGAUCAAAGUAAUCCUACAGGAAGGCAAACUACAUCCGAUGCCAUCAAUGCUAUUCACAGUGUUAGUGCUCAAUUGCAAGAUAAUUUCAUUGACACAUCGUCGUCUGUUCCAUCUUUGUUCAAAGAGUUUGCGACAAAGAUCAGGUCAUCUUUGAAAAGUCAGAGCAAUCUUUCGCUGCUGCUUGUUACCAUUUUUGCUCUGAUUUUCUUCAUGCAGCAGUUUAGCAUACUGGUGCUCUUGGCCAGACCUCAACAUAUACAUAUGAACCCCCCUGUAGACUUUAUGAAUAGGAUGGACAAUGGAGUGACUAGAAGUCCUUCGGACAUAGCGUGGCUGGAGAAAAGAGUUCAUCACCUUAAAGAUGAGAUGUACAUGGUUGAGACUAGGCUUGAAAGAAUGCGGUAUGAGCAUGUUCUCUUAAAAAAGCAACUAAAAGAUCUAGAACAUAAAUAACUGUCUCUCCCUCUCUAUGUAUAAUCUUUUUGUAUAUACAUGUAUGAUGGGAUGUGAUAUGAGUAUAGUAUUAAAAAUCGAUAAUUCAUACCUUGUUGUAAAUGAAGAGUUUAUGUUAUGUCUAAAAUAGAGCAAGUGAGGAAUUUGUGAUUUAGGAAUUGUUUGGCAGCAUCCAGAAGCUGGAUGAGGUUCAAUAGAGUCAAUAUUAAAAAUCUAUGUUUGAUAUAGUGUAAUAACAUGGUAAUUUGGUGAGAAAGAAACACUAUGGGCAUGCUUGAGUUCCAACUUUUUGAGGCAAA